CAGCUUUCAAGUAUUUACUAAAAAUUGUCAUUUUCAUUCAAAAUUUUGUGUACAUAAAUUUUCAGUAUAUAAUCAACAUAAAGAAAGUGAAAUUAGGAACUAUUAAAAACUAAAAAAAAUGCGCUGUCAACCUUGGAAGCAAUUUUUACAUUUAAGAACACUACGAACACCAACUAAACUCAGCAAAUUCUUUGAAGUUAAUUCAAUAUUCUCAAGAUUCUACAAUGCGGCGAAACCACAAUCUCGCGAAGUUAGAAAACGUCAAUUGGAGAAAUAUAAAACUCAUGCUAGAAUCAAUCGUAUAACUAAAAGAAGAAAGCAAGAAAAAGAUAAAAAAGAGAAAAUCAAUGCAUUUGUAAAGCUCAGCCGACGAUACGAUGAGCUUCGGGCCGAGCAAAAGCAUUUAGAGAAGCAAAUAAAAAACCGAACGACAGUUCUAAUUAAAGCAGUAUAUAGACAUAAAAAGAGCAUGAAAAAACUCGAUGAAUUAGAACGGACUUUGGCGACCUAUAGCGAGGAGUUAAAACAAGCCGUAAGUAAUAACGUUUUACGUGGAGUGGUCGCGCAUAGCUUAAACGGAGAAACUACGGAAGUAAACUACAAUAAAUUACAAACCUUACGUAGAAUGGGCGGAAGUGAUCUAAAUACCGAAUUUUAUUCCGAUAUUAUGCCGGAUAUUAUAAGGAAAUAUACCGCAGUGCGUAAAUAUGGGAAUCGUUGGAUGCAGAAGGCAAAUAUUAAGAGACAUAAUACGGUCAUGGAUAUAGCUAGUAUAAUUAAGAAACAACAACGUAUGAGCUGGGAUCCGACAGCGAAACUUUUGCGCGAAACGAUUGCAAUGCAAACUGAAGAAAUUGUGCCUAUAAUGACCAAUGAGCAAUAUGAACGUGAAAUUGCAUUGAGAUCGCAUAGUGUUACAAGUGUUUUUCAUAAUAUAAAUAGUUAUUCAAACGUGCAGAAGAUAACCGAAAGCCUUAAAAGCUUAUUGGAUCCAUCCGAAGUUGUAGUUGCUAGCGCAGAGAGCAGUAAGUUGCCUAAACAAAGAAAAAGACUUAAAACCAAACAAAGUGCCACUUCCAAUAUAGACGAAAGUUCAAAGAGACAUCGUACUGGCAAGAGAAGAGGUAGAGCACGAAGAAGAUCAAGUCGGAAAAGCCAACAGAGUACCACCUCUGAUGGACUCAAAAAAGGACAAAGAAAAAGAAAAGGAAAGAGAAAAAGUAUAAAAAGUAUUGACAGUGGCGGACAAGAUUUGAAACUAAGUAGAAGUGGUCGUAAAAGUACUAAACGUUACAGUAAGGAAAAGUCGAAACUCAGCAAAAUAAGUCAGGGGCGCGACGACAGUCGUGCAGAAGCAUUGCAAUCAGUUGAUGAUGAGAAAAUCGGUAAAGAAAGUCUAUUGCUCGAAACAAAGUUACUACAACAAAUGGUUCCUGCACAAAUAAAAAAAGGAAGUGUUGACAGAAAAACUACUCUAGAUAAAUUUAAAAGGAAAAGUGUUGAACUUGAGAAACCACAAUCAGAUACGAACUAUCAAUUUCGUGCACUUGAAGAAUACUGGGGUGUACCGUUACGUACGGAUAGCACGCUAGAGAAAUUGGAACGGUUAAAUAGCAUACUGGACGAACUUAUUGUUGAGGAGAGAAAGAAACCACCGCCGCCACGAAAGCAUGCAAACGCAUCUCGAAACGUUGCUCCAAAACCGAGCAAACGUGAAAGGCAUGAUUUAGAGAAACUGCUGGUAUUACUCAAAGAGUGUAAACAAUACCAGAAAAAACAGGAAAAAGCGAAAACAGCUGAGCGUGAUUUCGCCGUGUUAUGCCAAAAGGAAUAUAACGAUGCCAUAAGGAAUGCAGCUGGACUGCCUGACUACUUUCCGGAAGACUCGGACUUCAGUUUGAUAUGUUCUUGUAAUAGCUUGACAUAAGCGACACUAAAGGACGGUGUGUGGCAGUGAGUUUAACAGUUCGGUUGCAAAAAUGGCUAUCGCUGCUGAAUGCGAAAUAUUUUCGGUAAUAUUAUGUACAUAUGUAUACUAAGUAAAUGCUUAUUUACAGUUGGUUUAUUAAUUGGAGCUCUGUCUGUUGAAAACAAUGAAGUACACACAGAUAUUUUGUUGAUUUUAACAAAGAGUGCUUGCAUUUAAUGAAUAAGAUGUGAGAAUUUAAUAAAAAAUUAUAUAAAUGAUGUUUAUUGACUAAAUGAAAACUGUAUACAUAUUUACAAGAGUGACCAGCAUAAGGCAGCGCUAUAUAAUACCUUUGAAUCCUUAGUAAAUGAACAAGUGCUUCUGCGAAGUCACAUUUGGAGCUCUAAGGUAUAGCAGAUAAUAAAAAGUAUUAAUAAAGAUGUCUGUCACGCGUGCGAUUUUGGGCGUUUUCUUCUUCGUAGUAAUUUUAAAUUUUCUGACGGUGAAUGCGCAAAAACGGAGAGCUGCUUGCUCUCAGCCUCGUGUUGUUGGUCCAUGUCGUGCUUUGAUGCGCCGCUUCUAUUAUGAUUCCACUUCAAACGCUUGCAGGCAAUAAUUUUGAAAGAAAACUCGACUGUAGAGCUGCUUGUUUAAGAAAUUAAUAUGUAUCAUCUAUAAAGUGUUUAGAAAUCGGGCGAAAAUAAAUAUGUUGCAAAGUA